CAUAAUCCUUCAUAUAAAUAUGUAGCCAAAUCAUUUCAUAUUCAUACACAUCCAAUGUUAUUGAAAAUAAGUUCACUAACUUUUCCUUCUACCUUGAUCUCUAAUACAAAAUACACAAAAAAAAUCCAAGAAAAAAGUUCCCAAUAUUUUUCUUUCCAUCCAAAAAUGAAAGCUCGCCCUCAUCCAAAAAUACAACUUCAUGACCAAAAAUAUGUUUCUAGUUUUAUCCAUUUAAACCAAGUUUCUUCUUUGAGUUAUAUAUCCAAAAGCUAUUGUCUAUUAUACCCUUUGAAAUGUAAUGCUAGAGAUAAUUCAGAAAAUACUCCAGAAGAAGGCGAAAAAGCUAUGGAAACUGUCCAAAAACUUUAUAAUGCACUUAGAAAUAAAAAUCUUGUUGAAUUGUCUGAUAUAAUUGGAGAAGAAUGUAGAUGCAUUAGCAAUGUUGCCACCUCCUUACAAACUUUCUAUGGCAAGGAGCAAGUAAUAGAUUUCUUCAAUUCAAUCAUAAAGAUCCUGAAGAAUAAUAACUUUGAGUUUGUCAUUCAACCCACUAUACAUGAUGGAACAAGCGUUGGGGUUGCUUGGAAACUAGCAUGCAGUGACACUCAUGUUCCAGUUGGAAAAGGUUUUAGCUUCUAUAGGCUCAAUCUUUACAAGGGCAGGAUAAUGAUAAGGAAUGCGGAGAUGCUUAUGGAGCCGCUCAUUCAUAUUGAGCCAGUUAGAUUGAAAAUAACAUCCUUCCUUUUGAAAGCAAUUCAAAAGAUGAGUCCAGAUCUUUUAAAGGGAAAGAAGAAACAGGCAAUGAGCAUCUUGUUUAUGGUACUACUAAUUGCAGCUUUGUUGUACUUGAUCAAGAACUCUAGGAACUUUAUGUAAUUCACUAACAAAAUUGUAAUAAUUGAAGCAGCAAUUUUGCUGCCGUUUAUGAAGAUUUGUCACAGAAGAAGCAACUCAAAAUCGCUAAGCUAUUAAUCAGCGGGGCAUUUAAUUAGGGAAAUGGGUCAAAAAUGCCCCUCUAUUUUGGGCAAAGGGCUAAAAAUAUUCUCCUUUACAAAUUUGGGUCAAAAAUACUCCUCCCGUCAUUAUAGUUUUCAAAUAUACCCGUCUUAACCUUUAGCCCUUUUUUCAAAAUAGAGAGGCAUUUUUUACCCUUUCCCCAUUUAAUUAUGUCCCUUUUCAGAGGAGAUCGGUAAUAAAAUAGAGGGCACCUUAGUAUGGCUAUUUUCUUUCUAUUAUUGUAACUGGUCAACAUGAGAGAUCAUUCCUCAACAAGGAGAAAGCAAUAACAAAAAUUUUACACCAAAGAAAGGUAAAUAUACCCUCAAAAUACAACAAACAAUAUAUCCAAUGAAGUCCCAUGAGUGGGGUCUGAAGAGGGUAAAAUAUACGCAGACCUUACCCCU